ACCCCGAGGAUGACUCCCCCAUGGAAGAAGGGACUAUUCCUCUAGACAUCGACGAUGUCCACAUGCUUCUGCAAGUGGAACAGGAACAGAUCCAGAAGAGGACCUUCACCAACUGGAUGAAUGCCCAGCUUUCCAAGAGGACACCACCCACCGUGGUCCAGGACCUGUUUACAGACCUGCAGGACGGCAUGCGGCUCCUGGACCUCCUGGAGGUGAUGAGCGGUCAGCGGAUGAAACGAGAGAGGGGCCAUGGUGUUUUUCAACACAGAGGAAACAUUGAGACAGCUUUGAAGUUCUUAAAGACUAAAUCGGUCAAGCUGGUGAACAUCAACAUCCCAGAUCUCAUUGAGGGCAGGCCAUCCAUUGUGCUUGGUCUCAUCUGGACUAUCAUAUUGCACUGUCAUAUCGAGGAGCUGGCCAGCACCCUGUCGUUCGGCUCCAGGCAGUCGUCCCUGGAGUCCCUGGCCAGCCUGGACUCUCUGCCCGGCUCCGCCUGCAGCAGCCCGGUGCCGGGGGGCAGCCCAGUGCCCCGUGGACGGAGCUCCCCGCUGCACGCCCGCUUCCGCCUCUCAGCCAAGAAGGCCCUGCUGCUCUGGGUCAGGGACCAGUGCCACAAGGUUGGCUGCUCCAUCAGUGUGAAGGACUUCAAGUCCAGCUGGAGGAGUGGCGUGGCCUUCCUGGCCAUCCUGUGCGCCCUGCGCCCUGACCUGGUGGACCUGCCGCGGGCCCAGAGCCGCGGCGCUCUCCAGAACCUGGAGGAGGCCUUCCGCCUGGCUGAGCAGGAGCUCCACAUCCCCCGCUUGCUAGAGCCAGAGGACAUUGAUGUGAGUGACCCUGAUGAGAAGUCCAUCAUGACCUAUGUAGCCCAGUUUCUGCAGUACUCCAACGACAUGCCCUCACCUGAUGAUGACAUUCAGCUGCCCACUGCACCCUCUCCCUUGUGUCUCUCUCCUGUCAACCUGCCUUCCUAUUUCACGCCGGCCGUCACGGCCUCCCCCCUGCACCAGGCUUCACCCAGUCAGAAGGCUCGAGAGAUGGCCUGCUGGCUGCAGCGAGCCUAUGAGGAGUUAGAGGAGGUGUGGUCCUCUACUGAAGGGGCAGGAUAUGCAGAAAGAUACCAGGCCUUCCAGGCGUUCGUUUCGACCUUCUAUGAGCAGCGGCGGCCUGUAAUCCCUCUGCUGAGUGCCAUGAAGCGCAGCCCCAAACCCAGCCGAGAGCAGAUGGCCCUGCGGCAGGCCUGGAGCACACUGGAACAGAAGCUGCAGCAGUAUAACACUGAGCUGGACGUGUGCUUGCCCGCUCCUCUGGACACCCUGGGUCUGUGGUUGCAGCGCGUGGAGGCCGUCCUAGCGGAAGAGGGAGGAGUCGCAAAAGAUCACGCCCACGCCGCCAGGGAGGCCAGAGAGAAACAGGAGCAGCUCAAGGUGCUUGUUAAGGACAUGGGUCUCCAUCUGAACACUCUGCAUAUCUUCUCCAACACCAGCCCCAACGAGGCCACGUGGGUGCCCCCAGACAAGCUGGAUGAGCUCAAGAGACGGUUCACCAGUGCCCGAGUGACGGCGAAGUACUACGGCAUCAAGCUGGAGUACCGCGAGCAGCGGCAUACGGUCUCGGAGCUGCUAGGCCAGCUUAACGGCAGGCUGAAGGCCUGGAGAGGGCCGUACAGCUCCCAGGAUGCAGUGCGCUCCCUCUUGCAGGACUGGCACGAGAUUGUGGAUAAACAGUGUCUGGUGUCCCUGUUGAAGGCUGCAAUCCAUAAGCUGAAGCAAACAGCCAGCACCUACACAAGCAAAGCAGCUCUUGCGGACGAUGCCCAGAUGGUCAGCAGACAGGUGAGGGAGGUGGAGGCGGAGGCGAGCACCAAUGCUGAGGGCGUGAUAGCGGCACGGGGCACCAUGGGCCGGGUGCUGGCCGCCUGGGAGUCCUACAGGGACUGCCUUUUCGCCAUGCAGGUCUGGCUGGGACAACAGACCGAGGCCACGGACACCACAGUGAAAGAGGACAGCUUGCGUGAGUGGAUCAGUCGCCAUGCUCACCUAAACGAAGUGGGCAACUUCCUGAUUGAGUCAACGGAUGGCCCCACCAGCUUUGCCCUGGCCAAUGAGCUGUGCAAAGUCAACAAGCAGUGGGCUGAUUUCGUCAAGCGCACAAGAUUUGCUGUCUCCCCUACUGCCUCCUUGGUCCCUGCGUGUGCCCAAGCGGCCCAGGCCCUAGUGGAGGAGGCGGGCUGGAUGGCCAGGGAACCUGUGGAGGUCUCCUCCGGAUCCCUGCGCACCUACAGGAAGAGGCUACAGGUAAUGGUUAAGAAGAUCACAGAGGUAGAUCUGGACACUUUGGCCACAUCCUCAGAUUGUUCCGCAGAGACCCUGGAGAAUUUGAAAGAAACUCUUCCUAAGCUGCGUGAGUCUCUGGGGCAGGUGCAGCAGGCGUGUGAGGGGGUGCAGCGGGGUGCCUCCCUGCUGGAGGGCCGCCUAGCAGAGCUGGUCCACUGGAGCACAGAGGUCUCCGAGGCCCUGGACACCCUCAGGGAGUGGGAGCGCCGGGGUCAUCCAGGCCUUCGUCCCAGAGUCAAAACGCUGGUCUCUCGUGGCCUUCAGCUGGAGGCCCAGCUGGCCGCUGAGGAGCGGGAGCUGCAGACCUCACUGACCUCAGCCCAGCAGAGCUCCAGCCUGCCCUACCUCAGCAUCUCCACCCUACAGGACAGAGUCAAAGAGGCCAGCGCACAGACCAAGGAAUUAGUGGGGAUGCUCAGCCAUCUUGAUGUGAAAAGGGAGGGGGGAGCCGCCAAGGGUCAGCCCCCACCUAAGGUCAUAAUCCGGGCACAGAGCCAGCCAGAUUUACCGCAUGGCCCUUUUGAUAAACACUCUUCAAAAACCCAGCGUCUUCAGGUCCAGAGUCAGCCGGAUCUCCCGCACGGCACUUUGGCUAUACACUCCCCAAAAACUCAACGUCUUCAGGCACAGAGCCAGCCGGACCUGCAGCACGGCACUUUGGCUAAACACUCUCCAAAAAUCCAGCAUCUUCAAGCUCAGAGCCUGCCUGAGAUCACCGUAGAGGAGGAGAUUCGGGAGGUCCAGGCUCCCACUCGUUCCAGGGUGCAGUCUCAACUCACAACCGGUGGACCUGGCCAUAAGGGUCCUGAACGUGUCAGUGCAGACACUCGGUCCAAGAAGCAGUCUCAGAACAUAGUAGCAGUGGUCAGUGACCCCCAGCAUCAACCCAGUAGCUCAGCUGGGAGAGGCACAUCUCCUCCUCAGGAACCCCCAGCCUCCUCACAGCCUCUCACCCCUCCACAAACCCCGGGCUCUCAGACUGGAGUCCGCACCCCGCGCACCCGGCAGAGGCCGAAGGGGGGCUCAGGUCCAGGCCCGGGUAAGGCAGUGGGUCCCCCCAAACCCCCGAGCCAGAACGAGGUGUACCUGAAGGCCCGCUCGCUGGCCCAAAGCAGGCUGGACGGGGCCCAGCAUCGCCUCCAACAGCAAGUCCAGGAGGCCAUCGCCGUCUUCAGCAACAAGACCCUGUCAGAAGAGCAGGCCAAGAAGAAGGAGGACACCAUGAAAAUUCUGAAGCCUGCUCUCCUGGAGGAGUUUCUGGGGAGUGUUGAAGGCAUGGGUCGGUUCUGCUCCGAAGUCCAGCUGAGAGAGAUGGAGCUGCUUGCCCUGUCAGUGCGUGGCCAAUGGGAGGGCGUAUGCUUAGCGAUAGCGUCCUUUUUGCCACACUUGCGGUGUGAACUUGAGCGGGGACUGUCGGCUAGGCCGGCUGUCCCGAGGCACGUGCCCCACACUAAAUCACAAGGCUCCUCUUCUCCAGGCCUGCUGCAGCCUGUGUGCAGUGAACAGGCAUGUGUGGGUGCGGCGGACUCUGAGGGCCGAGUGAGGACCCUGAGAGGACUUAAGGACACCCUGAGCCCCCCCGAACCUCUGGUCCGGGCCACCACCUGCGUGACGGAGACAGCCGGCAGACUGGAGGUGGCCCAGCAUCAUGACGGCCAAAGCAGAGAAACGGCGCCCCCAUCUGCCGGGGGGGAAGCGACUGGAGACAGCACCCCACUGAGAGAGGCUGGCCAGCCUGCUGACCUGACGCCAAACCCGGCCCAUUCGCAGGGUGGCGCGGGAGCCGGGAGGAGUAUGGAGACGCUGCAGGUGCUUCGAGGGAGCUCGGAACCAGCCAGCGCGACCAAACAGGAUGAGGGGUCAGCGGCGGCCGCAGAGGAAAUGCAGAUGCGGUAUGGUGCUGCUCACUCGGCCUUCCAUCUGCAGCUGCAGAGGAACAGCCAGCGGCUGUGUGCCGAGGUCCCCCAGGGCUCUGCUACUCUCCAGGUCCUCCACACUCACCUCCAGGGCCUCCAGGCCAUGAGACAGGAGACGGAGGCUCUGUGGUUUGAGUAUGAGCUGCAGUUCUCCCAGUGUGAACCCCAGCUGGAGGAGGUGGAGGAGGAGGGAGGGCUCAGGAGGGAGAGGGCCCAACUCAUCCAGCGCUGGAGAGCACAGCAGAUCUGCCUUCAGGCCAGGGUGAAGACUCUUCAGACUGCGGUGACACUGAUGGAACCAGCAGACAUUCAGAUAGCAUUAGUCAUUAACCGUCUGAACUACAUUACCCAGAAUCCACUGAACAUCACAGAAUUCACCCUUGCUGACUCAGGAGCCAUACAUGAGGAACUGAAGCUCCUGGAUGACAACAUUCAGACAGAACUGGAACGUCUGGCUGGAUUCCAGCGUUGUGACAGCGCCCCCGUUGACCCCAGCACCGACCCCAGCACCGAAGCCGCUCUCCAGCCAGUCCACUCGGCCAUCCAGCAAGCGGUGCAGAACUGCCGUAGCCGCCUGGACCAGCAGCGGAAGCGUCUAAGGAGAGCCGACUCGGCUCUGGCCGAACUGGAGCGCUUCCUGGGCCCGCUGCAGCAGGCCGGGUCAGACCUCUCGGGCCUCCUGGUCUCGGAUGCCUCUGGCGCGUGGGAGGACAGCUCCAGGCUGACCCCCAUCCAGAGGAGGGCCCAGGAGGCGGCCUCCGAGGCCCCGCGCGUGGACUCCCUCCUGGAGGACGCGGGGCUGAGGAUCACCCUGGAUGGUGCUGCUGGUGGUGCUCCGGGCUCCUGUCGGGAGGUGGCAGGAGCUUUGGGGAGACGCGUGGAGGAGGCCCAUGCUCGUGUAUCCUCCCAGCUACUGAGGGGCCACAAGAAAGGAGGAGGAGGAGGAGCAGCAGGAGGAGGAGGAGGAAAACAGAAGAAGGAACAGCAGAGGGAUGGAGAGAAAGAGGAGAAGGAGAAGGAGGGGGAGCGAUCGCUGAGC